AUGAACAAGGAUCUUGAUUUAAUGUUUAGUCUUUUGCAGCAAGAGGUCGAAAAAUUCACAGCGGAACUUGCUUGUGAGGAUUUCGAUGAUCUUUCACGCACAAAUCACAAAACAUUAGAUAAUUUUUCAAAACUAGAUACAGGUUUUAAUCCGGUUACGCAACAAGAAACUAGGUUAAAGAAGGAACCUUCCAUAUCAAUUAACAACGGCUAUAACUCAUCUGAGAAAUCUAUUUCAAAUAUGGACUUGCGUCUUAAAUUAAUUGAUACUACGCUUCACCAACGAUCAAAUUUUGCAGAAUCACGGGAAUCUAAUCAUUUGUCACCUGAAUCCAAAAUCAAUGUCUCCCCCUCUGCGCAUUUUUCUUCCGAUAAGUUAACAAGCGCUCCUUUGAACUAUUCACGUCUUAGAUCGUUAUCAAAUAGUAGUAAUAUACAAAACUUGUUACGAAAGCAAUCUUCAUUAACAGAUUUGUCAAAUUCUUCCGAUAAUGACCAAAAAUCCAUCAUUUCCAAUGAAAACAUUUUUAAAUUAUCCCAUGAGUCAAAAAGAAUUCCAGCAACAGUUGGUCGUAAUUUCGGUUCAUCCUUAAAAAAUGUCAUUGAUAAAGACAAUGUAAAAUCAUAUAAUACUGAUAAAAACCUCCCAUUAACACCUAGAAUGACUUCAGUUAAUGCAAGUACUUCAGUUAUCAAUUUGGAAGAGUUAAGGAAAGAAAAGCAAAAAGUUAGAUCUCGUGCAAAUUCAAAAGUUCAAGACUUAAAUUUAGAUAUUUAUGAUUCAUCCGUAAGGGCCCAUCUAAAUAAAAUAUUUGAAAAAACAGACCUACUGGAAAAUUCUUCUAGAUCACUCAAGCCAAAAGAAAGGGAAAGGUCUAAAGAACGAAAAUCUGACGAUCAAAAGGAUUGGACAGGUAAAUCAAGGGAUCCCGAACCUCGUCCAAGGUCUAGUGAAAUUAGGCAAGAUGAGUGGGAAGGUCGUGAACACAGAGGAGAAAAUUGUGUAAAAGGAAUACGAGAUCAUGAAACAGAUCCUAGGGAAAAAGCAAAAUCUAGGGGUGAACCGUCUCGUGACAUUGAAUCUGAAAAGAUGUCGCAAACAAAUGAAUCUAGAACAAGAGCACUCGAAGACAAAGAAAGAAAGAAUGCUCGUGAAAAUUUAGUGGAACGAGGAAAGGCUAGAUCAAGAGUUCGUGGAGAGGAAGAACGUGGAAUGACUAAAUCAGGAAUUCGUGGAGAAGAAGAACGUGGACGUGGAAUGGCUAAAUCAGGAGUUCAUGGGGAAGACGAAUAUGGAAGGGCUAAAUCAAGAGUUCGUGGAGAAGAAGAACGUGGUCGUGGAAUGACUAAAUCAGGAGUUCAUGGGGAAGACGAACGUGGAAGGGCUAAAUCAAGAGUUCGUGGAGAAGAAGAACAUGGAAGAGCUAAAUCAAGAGUUCGUGGAGAAGACGAACGUGGAAGAGCAAGAUCAAAAGUUCGUGGAGAAGAAGAGCGUGGGAGAUCUAAAUCAAAAGUUCGUGGAGAAGAAGAACGUGGGAGAACUAAAUCAAAAACUCAUGUGGAAGAAAGUGGGAGAGCUAAAUCUAGAACACUAGAAGAAGAACAUGGAAGAUCAAAAUCGAAACCAAGAGAACGUGAAGUUGAUGGCAGGAAUUACAAUAAAGAAAGUAAUAAAUCUCGAACCCAUGAAUUAUGGGAUAAGGAAAAGCAUUAUCCUUAUCGUCGUGAAAAGGCGGAGACAUUUGUUGAAAAAGAAGGGCAUAAAAUUACUGAACUUAAAAUUAUCACACAGAUUUUUAUUGAAGAUGUUCGUCAAUAUAAAAAAUUGUCAAUAACAUCAAGUAAGACUGCAUUGGACGUUUUGAAUUAUUUCCGUAGUAACGAUACAAUUUACGAUAACGAAACAUGGACAUUAUUUGAAUUAAUAAAUGAAUAUGGUCUAGAACGUCCAAUAAGGGAUUGGGAAUACAUUGCUACGGUAAUCGGAGCUUGGGAAUUAGAUAAACCAAAUGCACUUGUUUUGAAAAAACAUGCAUUUAGGAGUUGUUUAACACUAGAAGGAUUCAACAACGCCGUUCCACCUAUGUUUGGAUGGUUGCAUUUGGAGAUUAAGAAAAAUAAGUGGCAAAAAAGAUACUUUUACACCAAAGAAGGAGUUAUAUAUCAUUCCAAAGAUUCAAAGGGGAAUAAUGAAACUUUCCUUUGUUCGCUUACCAACUUUGAUGUGUAUACCAUGACAAAAAUUAUGAAAAAAUCUCCAACAAAAUUUAUUUUCGCUUUAAAAUCUCAAGAUAAAAUUGCAAUGUUUGAGAAUCCAGAAAAAGAUUAUUUACAUUAUUUGUGUGCAGAUCACUUAGAUAAGAUGAAAGACUGGGUGUUUAGUUUACAAGCUUCUAAGAAUAACUUGAUGCGUGCUGAAAAUCCAGAAAGGUUUACCGAAAAGCCUGUUGAAAGUGAGAAAACAUACAUAUUGGAUAAUCAUGAUAAAGAGAAACCUUGGACAAGUGAAAAUUCUACGGACUUGAAUGCGAACGUAAAUAAUGGAACUGCAGUUUCAGAAAAACGUAGGUCUAAUAGUCAAUGGGAGAAUCUACGUAAACAUGUUCGUAAUUCUUCGUCAAAAUCAUUAAAAGGUAAAGCCGACAUUUUUGUGGGAACCGUUUCUACGGCGAAUGGUGAUCAGCCAUUUAAAGGAGGUUCAUUGUUAGAUUUUGAUGAAAAAAAUUCUCCUAUAAAGCCAGUUGAAGCAGAGGGUGUAUCUUUUGUGAAAGGAUCGUUAUUGGCUUCAAAUGAUUCAUUAUUUGAACAGGCUAAAGAAAGAGAAAAACAUCGUAAAGCUAUGGGUGGUAUAGGAAUCAUCAGAGACCCAAAUAGCACAACCUUUGUAAAUUUGGAUGAAUCAGUAAAAUUUAACAAAGGAUCGUUGUUGGGAAGGAAUAAUGAAACAGUAUCUGAAAAUAUCAUUAAUUCAAAUCAUUUGAUACAAAUUGAAGAUGGGGUACAAUUUAAUAAAGGUUCUUUGCUAACUAAAGUUCAAGAAUCUAAUGGGAAGAACAAUAAUUCACAAAAGUCAAAGCCUCUGGGAACAUUAUUAAAAAUAGACGCACCAUUAUCAAGAAGCUUGACGACACAUAAUAUAUUAUCACCAACAAUGCUCGCUAAUGGAAAAACAUUACUUGAACUAGAUUUAAAAGCUGAUGCAACACAUACAUUAUCAUUACGGAAUACAAAUAUUAAACCUUUAUUAAGUUUUGUUCCGAGAGAACAUGAUCAUGUGGAAGAGACAAAGUCGCCAAGAACUUUUAUAAAAUUUGAUGAGAGUGAGACUGAUAGUGAAUACGAUAGUAAUGAUUAUUAG